UGUUGAUCGGUCCUGCACGUCGGCUUGGAGGAAUUUUAGCCCGUUCCUCAGUGCAGAACAGCUUCCACUCUGGGAUGUUGGUGGGUUUCCUCACAUGAACUGAUUGCUUCAGGUUCUUCCACAACAUCUCUAUUGGAUUAAGAUCCCGAAGACAUGGACUACGCAAACGGCACCUUCAACUCCACCUUCGCUCCUUUUACUCCCACCUAUUCUCACCCACUGUACAAUCUUUCCAGUUCUGUGUACCCUGACCUUUAUCACCCACUCCCCACCAUCAUCGGCACCGUCUGCCUGUUCCUCGUGUUUGGAGGGUGUGUGAUCGUCCUGGCGACGUGCGGCUGGUCGGGAAGAUCUGGGGCGUGUAACGGAGGAUGCGCCGCAAGAGAAAGUGAGCACACUGGACAGGCGUCAUCCAGUGAGCCUCAGCUGAAACUCUGGAAGCGACUCGGCUCUGGACGGUACUCGUUUUCCUCGGUCCCGUCGUUCCGGAGAACUCCGCAGCGUUCCGCCUUGACUAAAUCCAAGUUGUCGUUUCAACUAGAGCAAGACAGGAACGAACUGCAAGCGCAGCUUACUAUACCAUGCUUACUACAGUAUGCUACCGAGAUAUAAACACUAAACAC